CCUUUUUUUGGGGUGGUCAGCAGACCCAUUCUCUCCUUCAAAGGCGUACCGUUCGUCCACACCCCUCCUUUCUUUCUCACUCUCGAGUCCUCCCCUCUUCGUUCCUCCACCUUCUCCCUCGCCGUCAUGCAGAGGCGACCGGUCGCGACCGCUCCUCCAUCCUCUCCCAGCCCCUUCCUGUUCAUCUUGCCCUCCCUCCUGCUCCUCCUCCACCUCCCCAGCCCGGCUCAAGGAGACUGCUGGCUGAUCGAGGGGGACAAGGGCUACGUGUGGCUGGCUAUCUGCAGCCAGAACCAGCCCCCUUACGAGACCAUCCCCCAGCACAUCAAUAACACGGUCCACGACCUCAGGCUGAACGAGAACAAGCUCAAGGCUGUGCUCUUUACCUCCAUGUACCGCUUCACCAACCUGACUGAUCUCAACCUCACCAAGAACGAGAUCUCCUAUAUCGAGGACGGGGCGUUCGGCGGACAGGCCAACCUGCAGGUGCUCCAGCUGGGCUACAACAAACUGACCAACCUGACCGAAGGCAUGAUGAGGGGCCUGGGCCACAUGCAGUGCCUCUUCCUCCAGCACAACCUCGUCGAGGUCAUCGCCACCAACGCGUUCUGGGAGUGCCCCAGCCUCAGCAGCAUCGACCUGUCGUCCAACAAGCUGGCUCGCCUCGACCCGUCCACCUUCACGGUGCUGAGCCGGCUGAUGGUGUGCGAGCUCGCCGCCAACCCCUUCCACUGCGGCUGCGACCUCUACAACUUCCUCACCUGGCUGGAGUCCUUCAACAACGUCACGCACACCUACGACCGCCUCCAGUGCGAGACGCCCAGGGAGAUGUUCGGCUACCCGCUCCUGAGUCCCGUGGCGGCGGGCAACGUGGGCCGCAACGCCAAGAACACCUUGUCGUUGGUCUGCCGCAACGGCGUCUUCAUACCCGGGAUGACGUCGUUGCCCCCGGACGCGGAUUACUCCGGCGUGGGGCCGGACGCGUUCGGCGGCGUGGGGCCCUACCACCAGCCCACGACGUCCUCCUCGUCCACGGAGAACAGCUUCAGCCCCACCAUCAAGCUCAGCCACGUCUCUCUGUCCACCGCCUCCCUGGUGGUCCAGAUCCCCCGGCCGUUCAGCAAGAUGUACAUCCUGAUCCAGUACAACCACACGUACGUGUCGGACGUCAUGACCCUGAAGAACAAGAAGGAGAAGAUCACCCUGGACAAGCUCAAGCCGCACACCAACUACACCUUCUGCGUGGCCUCCAUCCGCAACUCCCAGCGCUACAACCACACCUGCCUGCAGUUCGCCACCCGGGCCCAGGACCCCGACGAAACGCCGCCCGCCUCCUCCACCACCACGCACUACAUCGUGACCAUCGUGGGCUGCCUGUUCGGCAUGCUCCUCAUCCUCGGCCUGGUCUACUACUGCCUGCGCAAGCGGCGGAUGCACGAGGAGGAGCAGAAGGCCGUCUGCGUCAAGAAGACCAUCCUGGAGAUGCGCUACGGGCCGGAGGUGGCGGCUGCGGUCGGCAACGACCCGUCGGCGGUGCACAAGCUCCAGGAGCAGUCCCGGGAACACCACCAGUACCAGCACCACCACGGCGGCAAGAUGCCCAUGUCCGCCUCCUCCAGCUCGGGCAUGCUCCACUCGGCCAACACCAGCUCCUCCUCCAGGCUGUCCUCCAUCCCCCAGGUGGAGAAGAUGGCCACGGCGUUCUCGGAGGCGAUGUCCACGAGCAAGGGGAACUACAUGGACGUGAGGACGGGAGGCGGGGCGGGGGAGGAGCGGAUGAGGGACGGAGGGCUGGUGGUCGGGCACGGGGGGAUCAGGGAGGAGGACCUGAGGGAGGACGACGGGAUGGGCUUGGGCGACGACUCGGACGACGACGGCCGCGGCUCCGCCUCGGAGAUCUCCACCAUCGCCAUGGAGGUGGACAAGGUCAACCAGAUCAUCAACAACUGCAUCGACGCGCUGAAACUGGACUCGGUGUCCGCCGCCGCCACCACCGUGGCCUCGUCCCACCCCGCCUCCCCCCCUCCGACCUGCACCUCCCCCCUCACCCGAGGCCUCAUCCCCCUCUCCCCCGGGGCGACGGAGGCCUGCCCGGUCUCGCCCUCCCCCAAGAUCCCCCCUCCGCCUCCUCUGCCCUCCUACGCCGCCCCCCCCCUCUCCGAGCGGCCCGGGAUCGGCGGGGGGGGCUUCGUGUCGCCCCCUUACCGCCCCCCGCCCCCGGCCUCCGCCGUCCGGCCCAUCCAGCGGCAGAUGAGCGCCGACGCCGCCGUGGUCAUCGGCGUGAAGAAGCAGUGCAGCACCACGUCCUGCGGCUCGGUGGGGCGGGACAGGGACCGGGGCGGGCCUCGCGUCUACAGCCUGGACGUGCCGGAGCCCCGCAGCCCUGACCCCUGCCUCCCGCAGUACGGGGACAGGGCCAGCCCGGGCUGCGGGGAGCCCCAGGAGCGGCUGCCCCUGGUGGGGAGCGGGAGCUGCAUGGGAGGGGGUGGCGGCGGAUGCGACAGUGGUGGUCCUCACCCGGAGAACCAGCAGCAGCAGCAUCACCACCAGCAGCAGCAGCAGCAGAACCAGCUGGACGUGCAGCAGGACUACCACUGCUCGGAGCACCGCCACUCCGUCCCCGCGCUCUACUACGACGGCUCCCAGCACCAGGGCUCCCCGCACCAGGGCUCCCAGCACCAGGGCUCCCCGGCCCAGCGGGUCUCUUUCCUCAAGCCCCUGACCCGCGCCAGGAGGGACGCCACCUCCUACUCCCAGCUCUCGCCCUCCCGACACCACUCCAGCUACUCCGGGUAUUCCUCGAGCCCCGAGUACUCCUCCGAGAGCUCCCUGAGGAUCUGGGAGAGGUUCCGGCCCUACCGGAAGGGCCAGCGCGACGAGUCGUGCUACGUGACGGCCGGGAACGCCCUCCGUAAGAAAGUGCAGUUUGCCAAAGGAGAAGACCUCCAUGACAUCCUCGACUACUGGAAGGGAGUGUCGGCACAGCAGAAGCUGUGAGGGGAUGGAAGCGGAAUCUGGCGC